AUGAGACAUUUUAAACAUGAUUUUGAGAUGACUAAUAAAAGUUCAGAAGUAGAGGACACAGUUCAACAUUCUGAACACAAUAUUGAACAGAAUAUUAGACUUUCAUGUUCAGGAGUCGAAGAUAGAGUUCAGUAUUGGCAGGCCAGGUGGGCCACAGGACAGUCACAGUGGCACAGCGAGAAACCUCAUCAAUAUCUUGUCAAGUACCUUGACCAGCUCGUGACUGGAGAUGCCAAGAUCCGAAUCUUCCUUCCUCUGUGUGGCAAGGCUGGAGACCUCAACUGGCUGUAUCAGGCCGGUCACACUGUCCUGGGAGUAGAGGGCGUUCCCUUCGUGGUCGAGCAGUUCUUCAGGGAGAAUAAGAUUGAGCACGAGAAGACCUCUAUGCAGGAUAUCAACGGAUGGAAGUUUCAGAGUAAAGACGGUAGAUUAACCAUCUAUGCUUGCGAUUUCUUCCUGUUAACCCCAGCUAUCCUUGGACCCAUUGACGCCGUGUACGACCGGGGGGCACUGGAGGCUGUGUCCCCCAACGACAGGAUUAACUAUGUCCGGGUCAUGCAGUCCCUAGUAGGGCCUGAAUUCAGAUACGUGUUGAACACUUAUGAGUACGACGACACAAUGUUCCAAGGACCUCCCCGUAAUAUACCGAGGGACGAAGUCUUCAACCUUUUCGCUGAUUUCUGUGAGGUUGAUAUCCUUGAAGAAGAGGACGAAUCUGAUGCUGCUGCUGACAAGUUUAACCUGGAGUGGAUGGUCAAGGUUGUUUAUCUGCUGAAACCUGCUCUUCAGUAAACCUGACCUUCCUUAACCUUGUUGCUUGAUGCAUCUUGAGCAGGAGGAACAUUACGGUCAACAUCACCUUAUAUUCAGAUUAGUGAACACAUGACACAAACUUGUCGUGGACUAAGCACAAUGCCUUUGUUCAGAUGUUAAGACACUAGAUUUAAGUACAUAGUUGACUCUCGAGUGUUGUAUAUCGAAUGAAUGAUUGAAUGUACAAGGUUGCUUUGUCGAGGCAUUUUUGAGCAUUUCUCCCCCGGCUCAAAACUUCUUAUACAUUGACUGUGAUACUUUUAUUCAUAGCUUCUGUCCACCUCUCUCAGCAAAUCAAUACUUUAAUAUCCUAGUUCCACUUUCUGUAGUCCUAGUAGUGCCUUUCUAGACUAUUCCUGGUCCCCACCCUCAAAUACACAUUGGCCGGUCAGAUCAGCCUGUGGCGCAGCGGGCCGAGUGUGGAAUCUUUUCAAUAUCGCAGUUCUUGCCAUAGGAUUCAUUUACCUAACUAUGAUUUUAUUUUUUGUUUGAAAAUAAUAUUUCAAUGAUUUUAA